AUGGGGUCUAUAGAGAAUGUUGACAGUGAGUUUCCAGGAUACGACAUUUUGUUACCGCAAUCACCGGUUGAAGCCCAGAGGGGGCUGUGCGUCCACAUUCCGUGCUCUUUCAUCGUACCGAACCAGUUAACUUCAAGUGAUACAGGAUACUGGUGUAAAGAUACCACCUGCUCUGCGAAGAAGGCCAUCGCUUCUAAAACCGGCAACGGUCCCAACACCAAUACCCGGCUCCUCCUGACGGGGGAUGUGAGUAAACGGGACUGCUCCCUCAGCAUCAACGACCUUCAAUCCGGAGAUGGCGGAACCUACCAGUUCAGGAUAGAAAAUUCAACUAAGUAUAACUACAUGAAAACGAUCGAAGUUAAAGUGACAGAACUUACAGAUAAACCUGAAAUCUCUCCUGAGGGGGCACUGAUGGCCGGCAGAGAGGUCACCCUGACCUGUUUCAGUCCCGGCAGAUGCGCUGGGUCUUCUCCAGACAUCACAUGGAAAGGAACAGAGCUGUUAAAUAAUGUAACAUUUCAGCCAGGAUCUGUGGAUUAUGGAGAAGGCAACAAGACGUUCUACUCAAACAUCACGUUCACCCCGACCAGGAAAAACAACAACGUUCUGCUGACAUGUAGCGUGACCUUCAGAUAUGGACCUUCAACCAACAACGAAACCAGAUUAAACGUUGAGUAUCCUCCUGAACUGAAUAUUAACAUCACAGGAUCUCCGUACACAGAGAAGGAAGGAUACUUUGCAGUGAAGGAAGGAGGGAACGUCGAUCUGAUCUGCGCAGUAGACAGUAACCCGGAAUCUAAGAUUGAAUGGGUAAAAGGUGGCUUAACAACAUAUGGAACAGGCAAGACGCUGAUCCGUAAACUGCAAACGGUCUCUCCCAACGACACCGGAAUAUACACGUGCACGGCACAGAAUACAUUGGACAGAAUCAGCAAGUCCAUUCGUAUCACCGUGGAGUAUGGCCCAAGAACACCAAGGAUCUCCAAUGCAAGUGGUAGUACUUUAGAUGGAAGUUCCAAAGUUUAUGCCCCGGAGGCAUCAUCUCUAACAUUAUUCUGCUCUGCCGAAAGUGUCCCACCAGCUGACCUGUCCUGGAUAAUGCCUAACAACACUAUGUUGGCUUCCCCAAAUGGACGACUAACUUUGACCCAUGUGUCGUCCCGUGACGAAGGAAACUACACGUGCAAGGCCAACAAUUCCUAUUCAGAGUCGACAAGGACUAUCACAGUCGUGAUGACAUAUAAACCAAAACCAGUGGAAGGGAAGAAUUCAAGCUGCUCAAAGAAAGAAAACCUUAUCCAAUGCAGUUGCUCGAUCCAGUCGUUUCCGACGGCAAACCUCAGAUGGAUGGUCAACCAAAAAUUUUAUAACUCUACUUCCAAAAGCGAGAACAUCGAGAUAAAAACCGAGCAGCGCGAGGCAGUGACUAACAGCACCUUGCUUCUGGAGACAACAAACGGACAAAAUUACGUAAUCCAGUGUCAGAGUACUAAUGAGAUUGGUGUUCUCAAUUUGCAGCUUUUUAACGAGCAAGAUGGAGGUAGCUCGUCCAUCGCUGUUGGUAUCGUCUGUGGAGUCGUCAUCAUAGUUCUGCUGUUGGUGACAGCAGGACUAGUACUGAAGUUCUUCCGAAAUAAGAAACAAUCAGAGAAAGCAGGAAGCAUGCAGAACUCCAUUGUGAAUGGCUCAGAAGCAAUUUACUGCAACACAACUCCUGAAACAACCAUGAAUUUCCAGAAGCUGCCACCAGACCAGGAGACGAUGGCAGAAGACAGAUCCGUGCGCAUGAACGUUGACCAUGAGUUACAAUACGCGACCCUGGAUUUUUCAAAGAUGAAGCCACGAAUCAAGGCUGAACCGGAAGAAAUAGAAUAUUCGGAGAUCAAACGCACACAAAAAUCUGAGAAUUCCACUGCCGAAUAAAAAA